AUGGGCGCCUGCGCGAGCUGCCUCGGCCGGCGUGGCAAGGACGCCUACGAUGAGAGCGAAGAGAGCCGGCUGCUCUACGAGGACGGCAAUGGCAUGGCGUAUGGUAGCUUCGGCGAUCCCGCAAUGGGCGGCGACGAUACCCUCGAGGCCCAGCGGGAGGCCGAGGCCCUUCAGCGCGUCGUGGCCAAAACUUCAAACAACAUGGUCGAUGUCUUUGAAAUCGCCCCGCACGACAUGCUGACUCGGGCCGGCGCCAACCCAACCCCCUUUGCCUACGCAGGCCAGGGCUCCCGCGUGGCCCGGUACCAGCACCUCGUCUCCAAGCUCAACGCCGACCACGACGGCGACGCGGCCGGCGUCCGGGUGGACUGGCUGGCCGACGACGACGGUGCCGCCGACGCCCUCGACUCCCAGAGCAAUCGGCCGGCUAGCAUCAAGACGUUGUCCGAGGACAACGGCGGCGACACUCUGGUCGGCACGUUUGCAGACGCCGCGGCGGCUAUGCAAUAG